AUGGCUAAAACAAAUGCUCAAGAAUCUUUUCAAGAGUCCAGGAGGCCAAGGCCAAGUCUCGCGCUCGGGGCGUGGUGUGCCAGGGUUAUCUCUCCUCCUCCUCCUCCUCCUCCUCGGAAUGUUGGAACUCUUUCCAAGCCUAUCGUAAUCUCUUCUUCAGCUCCCCCUCAGUCGCUCCCCGUCGUCCGACCUUCCCCUGAUCCAAAGAAGCGCAAGACUUUAGAGUCUGGUGCUUCUGGUGAGGUUAAGGCGGAUGCUAUUGAGUUUGUCCGAAAGAAUAUCUAUCCCCAUGUUCGUAUAGGCAUGGAUGAUAUGUCUAUUCGGAGCCACCUUACCACUAUGGUCGAGGAGAGUCUUAAGGCGGCGGGGGUUUGUGGCAAGCUCUUGGAUAUCUUUGAGAAGGCUCUCCUCAGCUCUUUAGGAACGACCUCGAAGGUCGAGGAGCUAGAGGGAAGGCUUCGCUCGUAUCAGGAGCAUGAGGGAGAGUUGAAGAAGGAGAUUGCUAAGCUGAGGGAGGAGAGAGAUACCUUCCGGGAGAAAGGGAAGGCUUUGCAGGCCCAGUACAACAUGGAGAUGGAGUUGAGGAAAACGGCGCAGGCCAGCUAUCAAAGCUUAUUCAAGGAUCUUGUGUCCGUGAAGGAUGAUCUGCUGAAUUCUCGGAAGAGGAUUAUUGAGUCUCCUCCUCAUUCCAAAGAUGCUCCGGGUUCUUCAGCAGUUCCUCCUAUUUCUUCCUCUCCCAUGGAUACCUCUGGUGGCGCUCCUCCUGAUUCCGGUGGUGGUGAUCUUCCUAAAAAAUGA